AUGGGUUUAUGUAAACCUGCUGAUUUUGAUGAAUCUCAAUCUAUAAAAAAUAGUAUAUAUGGUGUUUUACCUUAUAUUGCUCCUGAAGUUUUAAGAGGUCAAAAUUAUACUAAAGCUGCUGAUAUUUAUAGUUUUGGUAUAAUUAUGUAUGAAGUGAUUUCUGGUUUACCUCCUUAUCAUGAUAUAAGUCAUGAUAAAGAUUUAGCAAUCAAAAUUUGUCAUGGUCUUAGACCAAGAUUUAAUAUUAAAGUUCCUAAAUUAAUUGUACAUUUAAUUAAAAGAUGUUUGGAUGCAAAUCCAUUAAAUCGUCCAAAUGCGGAAGAAAUUAGAAGAAUUUUAGAUAAAUGGGUUAAUCAACCAGAAUCUGAUUUAGAAAAUCAAAUUAAAGAAGCUGAAGAAUUUAAUUAUAAUUUUUCAACUGGUCUUAUACCUUCAAAUUGUCGUAUACCUCCAACUAAUUUAGGUUUAUCUUAUAAAACUCAUUCUGAAGCUAUUUAUACAAGUAGAUUACUAAGUUUUAAUAACCUUCCUGAACCAAUAAAUUCUGAUGAUUAUUAUAAACAACAUGAUAAUAUAAUAAGUGAGGAAUUUUCAGAAUCUCUGCAGAUUGAUGUUCCACAAUUAAAUAUUAGUGAU